AUGUGCAUUCGAUUCGAGAUUAAUGGAGCACGCGGAACGAAGAUCGCGCGGAGGAGCACGCGACCUCCCGCCUUCACUUUCGGAGCUGAACUGGCGUCCGGACUCCGGACCAGGCGGACCUUCUCGGCGCUCGUGAAUGCGAGAUCUGGAUACUACGAUACGGCCAUUCAGCGAGCCGCGCCGGUGAUAAGACCGCGUCGAUAUCAGGCUAUCAGCUACCGUCUAGGAUCCUGUAGAGCGAGACGACAGACGCGCGACGCCGCGGCGCGAGCGAGACGAAUAGACGUGUACUUCGUACGUUAA